AAACUGCCAUUCUGUAGCAGGCCUGCUUCUGGAGUUGGGAGCUGUCAGCCUGCUGGGAGAGGUGGGGGGAGGAGGAAGAGGUGGGGCUCUGCUCUGAUUAAUUACCUUAGGCAUUCAGGGGUGGGGCUUCCUUCAGCCAUCUGCCUGAGAUAUGGGAGGGAGCUGGAGAAAGGAGGGGGAGAGACUGCCAGAGAGGAAGAGAAAAGAAAGGAAGAAACACUAGAAAGAAAAGAAAGGAAAACGAUAUAAAGGGAGGUCUAUUACCCACCCUUAAAUAGCUAGCUUGGGGGGGAGGGGGGGUGGAAAAGAAAGCCACGGAGGUGCGCCCCAGCACCGCUGCUUUGAAGGGUUUAUCAUCUGUUCCAUUUUGUUUAUGGAGAAAAAGAAAAUGGUAACUCAGGGUAACCAGGAGCCAACAACAACUCCUGAAAUGGUUCAGCCUUUUACUACCAUCCCAUUCCCACCACCUCCACAGAACGGAAUUCCUACAGAAUAUGGAGUGCCACAUACUCAGGACUAUGCCGGCCAGACCAGUGAGCAUAACCUGACACUCUAUGGAAGUACGCAAGCCCAUGGGGAGCAAAGCAGCAACUCGCCCAGCACACAGAAUGGAUCUCUUCCGCAGACAGAAGGUGGAGCACAGACAGAUGGCCAGCAGUCGCAGACACAAAGUAGUGAAAAUUCAGAGAGUAAAUCUACCCCUAAACGACUGCAUGUCUCUAAUAUUCCUUUUCGCUUCCGGGACCCUGACCUCCGACAAAUGUUUGGGCAGUUUGGCAAAAUCCUAGAUGUAGAAAUAAUCUUUAAUGAGCGUGGCUCUAAGGGAUUCGGGUUCGUAACUUUCGAGAAUAGUGCUGAUGCAGACAGGGCCAGGGAGAAAUUACACGGCACCGUGGUAGAGGGCCGUAAAAUCGAGGUGAAUAAUGCUACAGCACGUGUAAUGACCAAUAAGAAGAUGGUCACACCAUAUGCAAAUGGUUGGAAAUUAAGCCCAGUAGUUGGAGCUGUGUACGGCCCCGAAUUAUAUGCAGCAUCCAGCUUUCAAGCAGAUGUGUCCCUGGGCAAUGAUGCAGCAGUGCCCCUAUCAGGAAGAGGGGGUAUCAACACUUACAUUCCUUUAAUCAGUCUCCCUUUAGUUCCUGGCUUCCCUUACCCAACUGCAGCCACCACAGCGGCUGCUUUCAGAGGAGCCCAUCUGAGGGGCAGAGGGCGGACAGUAUAUGGUGCAGUUCGAGCGGUACCUCCUACAGCCAUCCCCGCCUAUCCAGGUGUGGUUUACCAGGACGGAUUUUACGGUGCUGACCUCUAUAUAGAAUCUGCAAACUGCUUCAGAUCAAACAGGGUGGAUAUGCAGCCUACAGAUAUGCACAGCCUGCUACUGCAACUGCAGCCACAGCUGCUGCAGCCGCUGCAGCCGCUUACAGCGACGGUUAUGGCAGGGUGUACACAGCUGACCCCUACCAUGCCCUUGCCCCUGCCGCUAGCUAUGGAGUUGGCGCUGUGGCGAGUUUAUACCGAGGUGGCUACAGCCGAUUUGCCCCCUACUGAAGUGACGUGAGACCCCUGCAAAUGGGACAGCCCCCAGUCAUGAGGCCUGGCUAUUGCAAUAUUUACUAGUAGAGGAACUCUAUAGCAAGAUGAAGAGGAAAAACAAACAAACAAACAAAAAAAACAAAAAAAAGAGAGAAUACUUUUUUAUACCUCACUAUGUUCUUUGAAUAUGUAUUUUUCCUUUAAAUUUUCUGCCUUUAAUUCUUUUGUUCCAAAGAUUGUGCAUUUUUCCUUUUUUUUUCUUUUUUUUAACUGUGGUUAAAAAAAAAAAAGAUAAUGCAUUUCCAUGUCUUUAUGUCCGUGCUUAGCUUAUUCUAUCAAUCAUGGAAGAGGCAGUUAAUGAGGAUGGAGAGACAUUAGUAGCUGAUGAAGGCAUUUGAUCAGAAAUCAGCAGACAGAAUUACCAAAGUGUGUCUGGUGCUGAGUGGCUGGGGGACAAGCAGAAGUGGAAGAGAUCUUUCUGCAACAGCAUAUUCUUCUAGUCUUCUGAAUUUCUGGUCUGUGGCAGGUGGUUCUGAUUGGCUGUGGCUAGAAUCCACGUGCCAAUAGAUAGGAAUCUGUGUUUUCAAAGCAAGAGAAUUAAAAAGACACUUUCCUCUCCUCUUCCCUCCUGUCUUCUCCAUACUUUCCACAGUCAUCUUAGCCUGAGUCAAUUGGCAUAGUUUUUGGAAUUACAGCAUUGAUAUUUCCAAAUACGCUCUCAGGCUGAAUAAUAAACACCUCAUUAGGAAAUCGAUCUCAGAAUAAAUUCUGGAAUAUAAAAACACUCAUUUCUUUUCUUUCCUGUAACCCUAGCAUUCCUGCUAGGCUUCUGAUCCCCUUUAGUUGAUCCACAGCUUAGCUCAUGUAUUCUUUUAUUAAUAUGCUGUUCCCAUGUCCUCAAGAUUUAGGAAUUUAGGACCCAGGGACAGAAGAAUGAAUAGCUAGUGGCCAGAUUUCCUCCAGGUAUCUGGGCACAGCUUGAGGAUUAAAAGUACAAAGUGUUAAGGGCCAUUAGAAAGGCUGCAAAAGAGAAAAGGAAUACUAAAAGGCCUGUAUUUCUUAUCUUGCAUCAGAAAGUAGUACAAACGAACUAUUUAAAAAAAAAUCUUCUAAAGAAUCUGUUGGAGAAAGACAAGGCACCAAGCCCAGGGGUCAGCUGUCCCUGGAAGUUUUGGUGAUGAGGACAUGUGAGGGCAAUCAGGGGCACUUUGUACUUGCUCCAAAGCCAUAGGAAUUUUCAUCUUCCAGAGCCUCUCUGAGUUACUUCUCCACCCAGUCUCCAGCCCUUGUGGCCAUUGCACCCAGCUUCUCAUUAUUCUCCAGAGAAGCCCAGCUGAGCACCUGGACUACCUGUUGUAUGUUAACACUACAGGACACAUGCUCCAGAGCCCACACUGGGAAGAGGGUGUGACUUGGCCAGGAUCCUCCUGCAAGGCUGAGGCAGUGAGUCACUGGUCUUGCUGUCUGGCUUUGGUUUUAAUGUUAUCAAGGUCAGGGAGAAAGUGCUUCUCUUCCAGCUCUGAGAUGGAACUGAUUAAAACAAGUGUCCUACAGCAUUUCCCAAAAUGGCAUUAGGAAAUAAGAAAAGCAUGGUCUGCUUGGCUCCCUGGUCAGUUCACAUUGGUACUAGGGUGACCUUUCACCCAAGGGAUAGCUGCUAAACGGAGUGAUUCAGAGACAUGGAGCUUCUGCUGCGUUAUGGGUUUGGUUUGGGUUCUUUUUUUUUACUCCUGCCUCCACAUGUGUUUUUGACUGAUAACUGAUUCGUGUCCCUGAAUUAAAAUGGCCGAUGUAUGUGUGACAGCAUCAGGCAUUCUUUGUAAGCAGAGUGCUGUAUCUGGGAAGGCACUAGCCUGUCCUUUGUGACACACCCCCUCACUCCUUCAGAUCUUCUGUCCUGAUACCUGGGGGAGAGGAUCUGCACGAAAUGAAGGGAGAUGCCAAGGGAGCUAGAGGCCUUGAUGCAAUCAUUAACCCUCGGGGGAAUACACAGAACAGGGACAAGCCUGCCCAGUGCUUUGGCUGUUUAUAGAGUCCCUUCCCCCCAAGCCAAAGUUUGAUUUGUGGCUGUUAAGACAAUUUUUGUUGUAUGUAUAUAAAUAUUUUAGGGGAGGUGGGAUAUGAUGUGGAGCUUUCACAGUUCUAGGGAAUGGGGGCAGGGAGGAUUUUUCUUUGUUUCUUUUGCUUUUGUAUUGAGGGAGAACUUUUACUAACUAAAGAAACAGAAAUUUCGGGUCAUGUCCAGCAAAGCCUUUCUCACAAAAUGGCAAGCCACUUAACCGAGUAAAGACUAGGCCAAAUCCUAAAUGGUUGUAUCCAUAGCAGGGGAGGAAAACAGGGGAAUGAGUUUAAGAAUGUUUUUCUUAUUUUCUCCUAGACAAAAUUAAGGAUGAUGGGCAAGGUAGAGAAGGUAGAUUCCCACAGUCCUUCCCAAAUAGGCAGAUGGUGGAGCUUGAGGGACCUUUUGUGCUCUUCAGUUCAGCUGGUUCUGGCUGAGGCCUCCAAGGCAAGCUCCAUUUUCCAGUAGGUUCUGCUGCAUCUCCCAGAAUGCUUUUUAAUGCCACUUCCUCCAGCUCCCUUUUCUAGGAAAGAUUAAAUGGGGUUCUACUUUUUUAUCAAAAGGUAUUUGUUUUCAGGGUCAAUGCUGAGAAUUGGGAUUCUCCUGAGCAUCUAGAUUUCUAGAUGGUGUCAACCUCCACAUGAACUUUGAACUUUGAGAUUCCUUACAGUCAACUUCACCAGAGGCAGGUUCCUCAGAGCAGCAAUGCUAGUUUACUCUGUUUCUUACUGAGUUCAGAAACAGGGUCAGAGGAGUUUGGCAUUUUGUGAAUUCAUUCAAGGAUGCUGGUUGAUAUUUCCAAAAAACUUACUGAUGCUGAAUCACAGUACAUGAAUGAGUUUGUUCAGCUUUACUGUAGUUCAUGACCUGGACUUACUAUACCGAGCACCUUAUUCUCAGAAGCUGGGCUCCUUUAAGGAGACCUCUAGUGAAAACCUUUAUCUGGAUACUCCUCUUUCAGCCCAGAGAGCUGCCCUUAGGGCUUCUCCAGAAUUCCAUGUGUUACUUAGUUUAACUGUUGUGAACUCAGAUCCACCAUUGUGAUUCACCAUUUUUAAGGCUCUCAGGCGUAACAAAACCUAUCACCACCAUCCUCUGGCACCCUCAGUCUCAAUUGAGCCAAUACAUUUUCUUUCUUUAAAAAAGCAGACUGGGGCUCAGCUUAUAGUUUAAGGGGAGCUCAUGGCAAUCUAGUCAGUAGAAAUCAACAAUAACAGCUUUUCUCCACAUGUGGACUCCUCAGGGGCUGAACAGCUCCUAAUUUAGGUUAUCCUGUGCUAGAGAUGGAGCAGAUAAGCCAGCUGUCACCACCAUCUUCUCGCUGGCCAUGUAGCUUCCAGACAUGAGGGACUGUCAGGCAGGGAUGGAAGCAGCCCCAAGGAUAAGAUAACCCCCUUCCCUUUGGCUUGGCAGGAGAACAAGGCCGACCAAGAGACAGUCUGGAAAGCACUUAGCCAUUUAAGGAAGGAGAGGGGAAACUGAUGAACCUUCCCCUUUAGCCCAGUGCAGCCGGUUCUCUGCUGCUUGCAACCCUCUAGCACAGUAACAUUUGCAGAAUUGUGGAUUUUUUUCCCCCACAGAUAAUAGGAGGAAAGGGAUUUUAGGGUGGGGUGGGGAAGGGGUUGUGGUGUUUUAAAAGCAUAAGUUACCUGUUUGCACUGUUUUAAGAUAGGAAAAAAUAGUGGGCAAGGUGAGCAUCAAAUGUAAGCUUGUGUGUUUCAUUUUGUCACGCUCUUGAAAAUGUCUGACAUUUGUAGUAUACACCAGUGACACUUGAUUCUCUGUUGCAUAAAACACUAUAUAUUUUUGGGAAAUGUUCCUGUCCAAAAGCCUCUUCCUUCCCUUUCCUUUUCCUGUGUACUUCAUCCUUGCUUUACUCAUCAGCCAGGCAAUAGCCAUCCACGAGCUAGAGUGUGAAACAGGGCCCUUUCCAAGCAGGCUCUGGGUGUCCUAAGCCAGCGUGUGUCCUCUGGGUUACUGAGUAUGGUAGAGUCCCUGGAACCUGUCUUUAAAAACAAGGUUCACAGACCAGAGUGCAGCAAAGUGUCACUUUCCUCAACGAGACACUAGGAAUGCAGCACCAAGGAGUGGAGGGGUUCCUGAAGUAUUGCAGUUGGCUGUAGUAGCCGAGUUCUUACCCAUGUUACCGAAACUGUGGCCAGUUACAGUUUACUCAGGAAAACGGUAGCUCAUUCAGCCAUGGUAGUGCUGGUUGGCAGGGAUUGGUAACUGAGAGAACUGCUCAUCAGCCAGAACUCAACCCUUGCCUCUAAGGAGACCAUCAGCAUUGGGACUUGGUCCUCUGUCUGGUAGUCACAUACAUGCCAGUGAUGGUGACAUGAAGGCUCCACUCACCCUGGCAAGAAAAAGGGAAUAGCGAUUCUCUUUUCCUCUCCAACCCCUUCCCCUGUUAGCAACACCAGAUUCCCAGGGGGCUAUAUAAGUUUUUGAAAUUUUUCAAAAAAUGUUUUUUGGUUUGGUUAUUCUGGAAACUGAGAAGUGCUUUAAGCGAUGUCUACACCCCACCAAGACUCCCAAGCUUAGUCUUUUUUUUUUUUGGUAUUAUGUUCACAGUAUUUGUGUGUGCUUGUUUUGGCAGCUCAUUUUGGCUGAUAUGUAUGUGUAUGUGUGUGUAUAUAUAUAUAUAUAUAUAUAUAUAUAUAUAUAUAUAUCGAGUGAUGAAUUGAUCUGUUUUUUUUCCUGAGGGACAUGAAUUUUUUUUUCUUGUGUUAUCAUUCUGCUUGUGAAUAGCUGGAGCCAAGUUGGGGCUGACGUGUAAGCUAGGGCUGCAAAGUGCGAAGAGAGCCAGCAGAGUUCACUUGUCCCUGACAGUCUGACUGACCCGAGGCUCUGAACUUUUCAGCCCCAAUCUUUGCAAGGCUCAAAAUGCCACAGAACCUCUCCUCCUCCCCACCCCCAUGGCAGGGACUGGGCCAACCCAACGUGCAACAUGCAGUUUCUCUGGCCCAUCCCAUUGCCAUGGCAGCACAGGUACCUUUGGGGCAUGGGGGCAUCCCACGGGAUGCUUGUACAAUUGACCACCUAGCCUUCUCUCCUCCCCAUCUUGUCCUCCCUGAGAAUCACUUCCUAGGACACCCGAGCUGCUUGCCCAGGGUCCUGUUUCCCUGCUUACUCCAGAGAAACAUCCCAGGGCUUUGUAACAGUCUCUGAUUCCCUUCCCUUCUCGUUAAGAAUCAUAUUGUAUAGUAGCUUUCAGACCAUACAGUAUUCAUUGGGUUACUCCUAUUAUUAUCAAGUAGCUGGAAUUGUGAAGGUCGGAGUAGUUAGAUCUUUAGCUUUUAUUCCUUAUUUUUUUUGUAUUACUCUCCAUGUGUAUAAAUUAUUGAUCAUGUUGCUGGCUUUUAUAAACUCUAAGCAAAGGAGGAGCACUGCCUCAGCCUUUGCCAAUGAUAAUGAAGCACUGUUUUUAAAUAAAAGAGAGAAACACCA